AAUUUGCUCUCUUAGUUAUAACUUUUUUAGACUGAGUGCCAAAAUUUUGCUUAGUCCCAAUAGUCUAUAGUUUUUAACAAAUUUUUUCAUUUUUUCGCUGGCUUCCUUCGGUCUAGAAUCUCUUGGCAAAAUCUGGAGCAGACGCCUUGCAUUAUGCAUUGCAUUGCAUGUCAAAACAGAGUCCUACUUGACUUGAAUUUUCAUAAGUCUCAGAGAGAUUUUAGCCGGUUGUUAGCUUAUUAGCUUUUGUUUGGAGCUACCAGGGUUUCUGAGAUUAGGUACAAUAUUCCAUUAUGGUGCUUAGUAUGAUUACAAUAAUCCCAAGGGAUUUGUCCAUCAAUUUGUCACACUAACUAUACAGAAUUCAGAGAUUUGGUACAGAUUCCUCCAGACCCAGUUUAACAAAACUUCAAUUUUAGCUAUAAAAGGUUGAGAGGCUGUAGAUUUUUGUAAUAAGGUGCAACGUAAGAUCUGAUCUCAGAUCUCCUCCUGUUGGAUAUGAAUAGAGAGGGCAUUUUCAGAAAUGCUGAGAUUGAGCAGGGCAGUGAGAAGCAAAUGAGAAAGCUUUUCAAGCUUGUGAUCUGCACAGGUGUUGGUGAAAGAGUAUUUAUGUACGCGCGAGUCCUGAGAUUAGCUCUUACAUAGUAGACCAUAUUGACAAAAAAAAGAGUGUAAAAUAGCUUAACUAUAAAUGUUGAUGGAGAACAAUCAGAGGGAGAGGAACAUGGCUGAUAUUCUGAAAGGAGGAAGCUUCUCUAGCCCAGCGAUGGACAACAAGAGGGAAAGGAGCAUGACUGAUAUUUUGAAAGAAGACCUUUCUACCCCAGGAGUGCCUCCAAAUGAAUCCCAAAUCAGCCCUGCAACACCCCUCAGGCCUAUUGCAAGAAAGAGGAAGCUAGUCUUUGAUGAUGAACCAUUACUGCCUCCCAGGCAGACACAUGCAGCAUCAAAGCAGUCGUUAGGUUUUCGUGCAGAAACGGGGCCAUCUGACAAAAGCAGCAAUGGCGUCCACAGCAUUCGUUCACCUUUAAAACCUCAUUCAGCUGAGGAACCGGUUGCUGUGAAUAUGAAUACCACUCUGGAAAAUGUUCCUCACCAACAACCAUAUUACAUGUGUGCAAGUGGGAAGGACAGUGACACGGAUGGAAUUCUUGGGUUCAAAACAGCCAAGGAGUCUGAUGCCCUCUUCAGAAAUGCCCAGAGGUUACUGAAUGCAGUCAAUAGAAGUGUCUGUGGCAUACCGAAUGCAAAUGUGAGUAUACCCAAUGCCAACUUAAUGAAUGCAAAUUAUCAUCAGCCGAUAAAUCCCAGCGGCAAUAUUUGUUUGAACGGCUGGAGCAGACCCUCAUAUCCAUAUUUCUCUCCCUUUGCUCGAUAUCCAAGUGGAAUUCUUGCCCCCCACUAUCUUCACAGCACCACAAUACUACCACACCAUCAAACUUUCACAUCUCUACCAAACAAUGGUUUUUCGUUGGCGCCAGAGACCCCUGAAAAAAACAUUCAUAUUGAAAGGCUCCGUAAAAGACACUUUGUGGAUCGCCAUUCAGAUGAAAGUGUGGUUAUACAGGAGAAUCAAAAAGAUACUCCUGAAAAAAGCAUUCAAGAUGAAGAAAAACUGUUGAAGACGCAAUCUUCACAUUUCGUAAGUUACGGUUCAGAUGAAAUGGUGGAUGUCCAAGAGAGGCAACAGGAGAUUAUAAGUAUGAGUACUUAUGCCGAUGUUGAAGCCUCUGCAGGCUGUGGAGAUGAAAGUAUUCUUCCUUCACUUAUAGAUCCUUUAUCCUUCACACUGCAGACACCCACAAAGAACAAUGAACACCAAUUAGCUGCUGGGGGUGAAGGCAAUGGUGGCAUUGAUUUGAACAAAACUCCUACUCAGAAACCAAAGAGGAAAAAACAUAGGCCAAAGGUCAUACGUGAAGGUCCCUCUGCCCCGAAGUCAAAGGCAAGGAAAAAUGAUAAGCCUGACACUAAAACAAAUGUUCCAGAUUAUGAGAGCAAUCCUCCUGGCCAUAAGUCUGCAAAUGAUGACAAGGAAACAGUUCAGAAAUUGCAGACAGAUGCUUCGGUUCAUGAACUUACAAAUGGCAUUACUCCUGAAUGCCAGGAGACAUGCUCCUUACCGGAAGAAAUUGCACAACAUGUGCCAGAAGUCAUUCUCCAAGACAAGUCUCUCGUUUCAUCUUUGAGAACACAGGAAGAGCCUGAAAACUCAAAACAAAGAGGUAGUUUUCAGUCUCCCAUUAAGAGGGCUUUUAGGGAAAAUUUCAAAACACUUGCGCGUAAAAAAGAUCAGUUACCGCAGUUGUAUCCUGGUGAACCUCAAUCUAACCAAUUUAAUAAACAAAAGGUAAAGAAGCGGCUAUCAAAGAAACACAAUGCCGAGAAUGAAACAGAUAUGACUUCCAUAGGUCAACAUUUAAGUAAUUCUGGCUGUGCUACAAUAGUCCACUCAAUUCACGGCAGACAGAGCGGUAUAACACAACCCUAUACUCGGGCAGACUUGUUGGAUCCAGUGGACAUGAUUAUAGCCAGACUAAAACAGCUUCGGCUUAAUGAGACAGAGGUGGGAAACGGUGAAUUGGUUCCCUACUCGGGAAAUGGCGAUAUGGUUCCGUAUGAAGGGCCUUUUGAUCCUUUGAAAAAACGGAAACAUAGACCAAAAGUUGAUUUGGAUGCUGAGACUAAUAGAGUCUGGAAACUUUUAAUGGGGAAAGCGAGUGAAGAAGAUAAACAAGCAUCCAAUGACGAGGAAAAGCAAAGAAAGUUGGAAGAAGAGAGGCAAGUUUUCAGAGGUCGGGUAGACUCAUUCAUAGCUCGCAUGCGUUUAGUGCAAGGAGAUCGGCGCUUCUCACAGUGGAAAGGAUCAGUUGUGGACUCUGUUGUCGGUGCAUUUUUAACCCAAAAUGUGUCCGAUCAUCUCUCCAGCUCCGCAUUCAUAGCAAUGGCUUCACGAUUUCCUCCUACCGAGGAGAACAGGGGCACUAUAUAUGAUAGCAAUGCUUUGGGGGAAAUUGAAAUAGAGAAGGAAAAGGUUACUGAGGAUAUAAGCUACACAAUACAAUUUCCAGAUCAAACAUUUGCAGAGCAAAAUCCUGGCCAUUACUCAUUCAACAAUGAAAUAGAUAGACUGCAUGAAGAAAACCUCAAGGAAAAUGCUAAUUGUGGUGAGUCAUUUGCCAGCAACCAUCUAGGCGAUAAGAGGAGCUCCCCUCAAGUGAUUAACUCCGUAAAUUGUUCAGAAUCUAACUCAGAUACUGGGGAACAGACAAAUCGGAGCGACUGGAUUCAUACUUUCAAUGACACGCAUUCCUUUACCGAACUUCUGAGAGAAGUUGAAAAUAGGACACAUUGGGGUUUGACAAAACUUGAGAAGCAGCAAAACGUAGUUGCUGUGAUUAAAGAUCCUUCUUCAGAUUUGCCUUCUAUUCAUGAAAACCACAACAGGAAACCACCAAGGACCCCAAUAAAUUCCAGUGAGAUUCUUGAUCAUACUGAAACUGGCUCAGAAGUAGCUCAAGAUCAUAUUAUUGAUUGCCUCGAAAGAAACACUCAGAAAAAGGACCAUCAGUACAAUGUUUCUAGCACUCGAGGUAGUUCCUUAACAGAAGAUAGCAUGAAUGCAGCAGCCACACUUUGUUCUUUAGCACAAGAAGGAAAUUCAACAUUGCAUUCAAGGUGUUUGAAUCCAUCUGAAGGUCAGCCAAUGCAAGCAUCAGAGCUGGUCCAGAGUUCUAGUCCCCCGGAUUCUCAUUUGCUCACAUCAGAGCUGGUCCAGAGUUCUAGUCCCCCGGAUUCUCAUUUACUCACAUCAGAGAUGGUCCAGAGUUUUAGUCCCCCGGAUUCUCAUUUACUCACAUCAGAAGUGGUCCAGAGUUCUAAUUCUCCAGAUUCUCAUUUACUUGCAUCAGAACUGGUCCAGAGUUCCAGUCCCCCAGAUUCUCGUUUACUGGCAUCAGAGCUGCUCCAGAGUUCUAGUACCCCAGAGUCUCGUCUAGUCGCAUCAGAGCUCGUUCAGAGUUCUAGUCCCCAAGGGUCUCGUCUAGUCGCAUCAGAGCUCAUUCAGAGUUCUAGUCCCCAAGAGUCUCGUCUAGUCACGUCAGAGCUGCUCCAGAGUUCUAGUCCCCAAGAAUCUCAUCUAGUCGCAUCAGAGCUGAUCCAGAGUUCUAGCCCCCCAGAUUCUCAUCUACUCCCGAGAGUUGGCACGGAGUUGGUGCAGAGUUCAACCCCACCACAAGAAAUAGAAGCAAUAGAAGAUUUUGGACUAGAGAUCCCUAAAUGUUGCUUAAAUGAUGGCAAGCCUGCUGCUAUCAAAGUGCCUGCGAGAAGAAUUAGUGGAAUUGCAAGAGCUAAUAUAGAAAUGAACCACAUAAAUAACAAGCAAACUUUCAAUUGGGAAGCUGUACGAAAGAAGGCUCCAGAAUUCUUUAAUAAUUAUUCUGCGGUUAAAAAAAAAAGAGAUCCCAGUACAGUGGAUGCCAUGAACUGGGAAGCAGUGCGAUGUGCAGACGUUGAGAACAUUGCUGACACCAUCAAGGAACGAGGGAUGAACAACAUUCUUGCUGGAAGAAUAAAGGCAUUUCUUGAAAGACUACAUGCAGAACUGGGGUGCAUUGACCUGGAGUGGCUAAGGGACAUUCCACCUGAUGAUGCAAAAGAUUUCCUCCUCAGCAUACGAGGAUUGGGACUCAAAAGUGUCGAAUGCAUCCGCCUACUAACUCUUCAACAUCUAGCCUUUCCUGUUGACACAAAUGUUGGACGAAUCUGUGUACGGCUCGGAUGGGUACCAAUAAUGCCAUUACCUGAAUCUUUGCAGUUACAUCUUCUAGAGUUGUAUCCUGUUCAGGCAAAUAUCCAGAAGUACAUAUGGCCUCGAUUGUGCACACUUGAUCAAAGAACUUUAUAUGAACUUCACUAUCAGAUGAUUACAUUUGGAAAGGUAUUCUGUACUAAAAGCAAACCAAACUGCAAUGCAUGUCCAAUGCGAGCUGAAUGUAAGCACUUUGCAAGUGCUUUCGCCAGUGCAAGGCUCACUUUGCAAGGUCCACAAGAAAAAUCAUCUUCGGGGGAAAAUCCACUAUGCACUCCUCCGAUUCUCUCACUUCCACAGCAUGAGUUGAAGAUAGAAAUUCCUUCUAAAGUAGUUCCACUUCAGCUAACAGAACCAAGACUUAAGGAGCAAAAUUGUGAGACAGAAAUUCCUUCUAAAGUAGUACCACUUCAGCUAGCAGAAUCAGGAAAUCAGGAGCAAAAUUGUGAGCCGAUCGUUGAAGAGCCAGCAACACCUGAGCCUGAACAUAUUGAAAGUUCAGAAGUGAUCGAUGAGUGGGCCUAUACAGACCCAGAUGAAAUACCAGUUAUCAAGCUCAACCUUGAUGAGCUAUCAUACAAUAUACAGCAAAUAUGUAAAAGUAACAUGCAGGAUGUAGAUGUAUCAAAGGCACUGAUAAUGUUAUCACCCCAAGAUGCUUCAAUACCAGCACCUAAGCUGAAGUAUGUACAUCGGCUACGAACAGAGCAUCGAGUAUAUGAGAUUCCAGAUAAUCAUCCCCUCCUAAGCGGCUAUGAACAUAGACAACCGGACGAUCCAUCCCCUUAUCUUCUUGCCAUAUGGACGCCAGGUGAAGCAUCGGAAUCCACAGGAGAUGAUGAACAUUGUAGCUCUAUAACAUCAGAGAAUCCUCUAUCUAAUCAAGAGUGCUGCACUACCUGUGUUAGCAAAACAGAUAUAAAUGAACACACAAUUAAAGGCACCAUGUUGAUUCCUUGCAGAACAGCAAUGCGAGGCAACUUUCCACUUAACGGAACAUAUUUUCAACAUAAUGAGGUAUUUGCAGACCAUGAAACAAGCUUGAGUCCAGUUGAAGUUCCACGAUCUUGGAUUUGGAAUUUGGAACGGCGUACAGUUUUAGUUGGCACUUCUAUUCCAACAAUAUUUAAAGGUCUUACAACCAGAGAAAUACAGUACUGCUUUUGGCAAGGCUUUGUUUGUGUCAGGGCUUUUGACCGGAAUAUCCGAGCUCCACGACCACUUGUGCCAAGACUCCAUUCCCCUGCAAGCAAGCUUGUUAAAACUCCAACGCGACAGCCAAGAAAAAAUUUGUAAAGCAGGCAUAAAAAUUUUGAUUAAUACAAUUGUACACAGCUUACAUGUGAUUUAUUUAUGCAUUCAAUGAUUGUUCACUUUCAUCGACAACUACUUCAUUUACAAGAUCAGGUUCAGCACUCAAUCAUAAUACUGAAGCAGAACUUACAGAGACAUCUGCAUGAAGGAUCGCACUUUGAAAAAGCAAAAGGAGGGGCGUUCCACUGAUGUCAAUAUUCAUGUUACAUUUUUAUGCCAAGCUCAGAAUUGAGCUAUUCUUCAGCAAUUUAUUUUAAGUUCACAAAACAUUUUUGGAUGCACUGGAUGUAAAGGAUGUAACGUUGCUCGACUUUCUAAAGCAGAGCCAGCUCCCAUAUUUAUUUGGGGAUGUAAACUAACAUUCUUUUGAACAUUGAAACCAGAGGACAGCUUGCUCUGUAAUAUGUGGAGAAAACGGUGUAUAAUGUGCAUUUUAAAAUUCAAGUCUCAAUGCAUAAAAGCAAUUCCAAAGAGCAA